AUGGAAAUAACGGACAGGAGGGUGCCCUACUACAAUAUUUUGAUUCUUGAAAUUUGUCAAAGAUGCUGUUUUGAAGAAGCACACGAUAUGAUUGAAGAAAUGAGACAAUUUGGCUGUGAUCCGGAUUCCAGAACUUACAACUAUCUGCUUAGUUCUUUAUGCAAGCAUGAUAGAACAGCUGAAGUUUUGAAUGUUUUCCGAGAAAUGCAAAAACAAGGGCUUGGCAAGCUGGAUAUUGCAGGUCAUUUUUAUGAUAUGAUGGUGUCUAGGGGUCUUGAACCUCGACUUGCAACAUUCACUACCCUCAUCGAGGGUUACUUCAAAUCAGGACAGUAUGAGGACGCAUAUAAUUAUGUUGUUGCUUCAGGUGACAAGUUUUGGCACUCAGGCAAUAGGAUUUACAGCUUUCUUGCGGACCUCUACAGGAGGAAAGGACAUCUCAUGACUGCAGCAAAAAUACUCAUUGAAAUGAUGGAUAAGGGUCUUAUUCCUGAAUUUCCAGUUUAUAUGACAAUUACGAAGCGGGUCUACAAGUGUGGUGGGGGACAAUUAGCAAGAGAGACGGGAACGAGAAAAUCUUCCGAGGAAGAUGGUUCCAAGGCUGUUCUUGACAUUCUUGUCUCUUUAUGCUUAAGGAAGCCUUUGCUAGAUGUUACUCCCAUUCACACAUCGUGGGAAUUGCUGGACGGAUUGCUGAAUGGUGCUCUGCCUGUCUAUUGGAAUUUCGUUUAUAUGAUUGAAAUGGUUAAGCUCUCCAUUCCAUUUGGUCAGGAACUUACCCAACCGGUUCUACCAUUGAAAACUAAAACUACACUUCUACCUCUCGACUCUUGGGGUUACUUACAGUGGGUAGCAAGCAUACCCCAUGAUUGA